GCUCAGUGGUAGCAGGGCUUAACAAAUCUCAGUUGUGCAGGUACAAUGAUCACAAAAUAUCCUGAGUUGAAAGGCACUCACAAGGAUCAUGCCAUUUAUCAGGAAAAGGAUUCACAAGGAAAAUACGUCACCUCUGCUGCGUGGAACAAGUGUGUUAGUGACAGCAGAAACAGAUAAGGGUCAAAUAGUUGAUGUCUUCUUUGCCACAGACUUGACCUGUAAGGUGUCCCAAGGCCUUUUGCCACAAGGCAGAGCUUAAGGAGAGGAGGAACUACAAGUUGUGGAAGAGGAUUGAAGCAGGAUUGUUUCCCUGAUAAGUCCGUGGGCCCAGGUAGGCUGCAUUCAAGGGUGCCAGCAACUGACAUUGUCUUCACAAAGCUGCUUUCUCUCAUCUUUUAAAGGCCAUGAGACUGAGGGAGAUCCCAAAGACUGGAGAAAGGCAAAUCUUAUCUUCAUAAGGGCAAGAAGAACAAGCAAGAGAACUACAGACUGGUCAGCCUCAUUCCUUCCUGCUGUGGAAGGAUUGUGGAGGAAGCCAUUUGUGGCAUAAGAAGACACAACUAUGGCUGCUACAGUGAACUUGGAGCUGGAUCCCAUUUUUCUGAAGGCCCUGGGCUUUUUGCACUCCAAGAGUAAGGACUCUGCUGAAAAGCUGAAAGCACUCCUUGAUGAGUCCUUGGCCAGAGGAACUGACUCCAGCUAUCGUCCCUCUCAGAAGGAAGUAGAGCAACCAAAAGUAUCUGUCACCAAACCCAUUAAGCAAGAGCCUAAAGCUUCAUCCAGUUUGCCUUCUGGCAACAACAAUGGCAAGCCCACUGCAUCAGAAAAAGUGAAAAAAGAAACAGAAAAGAGAUCUGCAGAUAAAACAAAAGGGGAUCCUGCUGAAGGAGCUGAUGCACCAAAGAAGCCCAGGGUGGAGAAGCAAGAGGCUCGGUCCUCUCCUAUUACAGUUCAGACGAGCAAGGAUUUAUCCAUGCCUGAUUUAUCUAGCUUUGAGGAAACCAGUGCUGAUGACUUUGCCAUGGAAAUGGGAUUAGCCUGUGUUGUUUGCAGGCAAAUGACAGUUACUUUUGUGAAUCAGCUAGUGGAGUGUCAGGAGUGCCAUAAUCUCUACCACCAGGAUUGCCAUAAACCUCAGGUGACAGACAAGGAAGUGAAUGAUCCUCGACUUGUCUGGUACUGUGCCCGCUGUACCAGGCAGAUGAAGAGAAUGGCUCAGAAGACACAAAAACCACCUCAAAAACCAGCUCCUGCAGUGGUUUCUGUUGUACCAGCUUUGAAGGAUCCAUUGGUCAAGAAACCAGAAAUCAAGUUAAAACCUGAGACCCCACCAGCUUUUCUGGCAUUCAAGAGAACAGAAGUCAAGACCUCAGCAGCAGUUUCGGGGAACUCUGCCAGUACAAGCGUUUCCUCUUCAGCAACGAGUGGCCUUACAGGAUGGGCUGCUUUUGCAGCCAAAACCUCCUCUGCCAACCCAUCCACUGCCAAACUGGGAUCGACAGCACAGAGUGCCGGCGGGAAACCUGCAGCUUCUUCAAAUAACCAGAAACCCGUGGGGUUGUCAGGGCUGGCGACUUCAAAGACGGGACUGGGGGCCAAAAUAGCUUCUGCCAACAACAGCGCUAACCCCGUGCAGCUGAAGCCUCCCCCGCCGCUGACCCUGGGCAAGACGACGCUGAGCCGCUCGGUGAGCAGCGACAACGUGAGCAAGGCGGGGCUGCCCAGCCCCAGCGGCGCCACCCCCGGCACUGGCGGCACGGCCGGCGGCGGCAACGGCAGCGGCGGCGGCGGCGGCUCCGCGGGCGGCAGCGCCGGCAAAGCCGCGGCUGACACCGGCAACCAGCCCGCGUCCCUGAAGGGCCCCACCUCGCAGGAGUCCCAGCUCAACGCCAUGAAGCGGCUACAAAUGGUUAAAAAGAAGGCUGCUCAAAAGAAGCUCAAGAAGUAGUCUGGCUGCUUGCCGAUGUUGUUGGUUGUGUUCCGUGAGACAGCACCGUCGGUGUUUUUCUUAAAGGAAAUCCCCCAGGUACUGGACUGGAAGAGGUUAAAUCAGGGAAGCCCAAACCUUAUGUAAUACAGAAGGUCAAACCUUAAUAAUUCCGGUAAUCCUUCUGCCUCUCCAAAUCUGUGAAUUGAAUAUGUUAGAGGAAUUCGUUAUUACAUGCUCCUGGUUUUGUAGCUCAAAGCACUGAAACUUGAAAUUGGAGAUGUUGGGUAUUUUUUGAUAUUAAAACCCCCACAUUUGUGUAGAUACUUAAUAAAUUGAACUUGCUGAAACCAUCAUUCUUAAAUGUUAAUAAUAAAAUUAUUAUUAAUCUGGGAA